AGAGCGGCAAGGAUACUUACUUCAGGGAUCCCCUGUAUCUCCAGGAUGAUGGUCCUCCAAGUGUAGCUUGGCUGUGGAUGCCUAGGUGGCUGUGGAGAUCUAUUCUUGACCCCCAGUUUCCAGACAGAAGGCGGUCUUGUCAGGGUUGGCUUGAGUGCCUUCCUCUGGGCACGUUUCUCCCUUUCACCCUCCAUUCCUGCCUCAGCACUGCUAGUCACAGCUAACCUCCAGUUCGAGCCCUCAAGGGCCAGGGCUUCCCACCGUUUUUAAGGUUGGCUUUGAGCCCACAUUACCGUUCCUGUUCUUGAUUUAGGAGUAGAGUAACUGCUUUGGGAGACCAACGUGCGGAGUAGAUGGCGGGGGAGCAUCCCUUCAAUGUUGUUGGUCUCUGCUUCUUCCACCACGCCGCCAUUUAGGCCAAGGCAGUCAUGCCUUCGUCCCCUUGGCUGCCCCUCUGCCUCUGCCUCCUGGCCCUUUUCGCCUCGCCUUCUCCCGCGACGGUCCCGGGCCAGGUCUUCUUCCACCUGCGCCUCUCCGUGGACGAGGGCCUCCCCGCGGAGACCCUGGUGGGCGACCUGAGCGCGGGCCUCCCCGCCGGCGCCUCCCACCCGGGCGGCUUCUUCCUUUCGGAGGCCGGGGGCGACUCCGCGCUGCUGUCGGACUUCCACGUGCGGACGGACACGGGUCUGAUCCGCACGGCGCGGCCUCUGGACCGGGAGAAGCGGGCGCGGUACAGCUUCGCGGCGGCCACCCUGCGCGGGGAGGUGGUGCAGGUGGAGAUCUCCGUGGAGGACGUCAACGACCACGCGCCUCGCUUCCCUUCCCCCGAAGCCACCCUCGACGCCUCCGAGCUCAGCCCGCUUGGCAGCGUCUUCCGCAUCCCCGCCGCGCAGGACCCCGACGCCGGGCCCUUCAGCGUCCAGGGCUACUCCUUGCUGCCGUGGGAGGAGGGCGGCGGGGACGACGAGGGCCCCUUUUUCCAGCUGAGCUACUCCAUCCCUUCCGAAGCCUUGGAUCUCGUCCUCCUCCGCCGCCUGGACCGGGAGAAAGUCGAAACGCACCGACUCCUCAUCGAGGCUUGGGACGCGGGGAGUCCUCGCCUCAGCGGACGCCUCAGGGUCCAAAUCCACGUCCUGGACGAGAACGACAACGCUCCCGCCUUCGGCCAAAGCGAGUACAGAGUCCGCGUGAGAGAGGACUUGGCUGUAGGCAGUUCCUUGUGCCAGCUUUUAGCCACGGACCCCGAUUCCGGCGCAAACGGCGAGGUGCGUUACAGCCUCAGCAGCCGCCAAGGCGAUUCCUCCGCAGCCUCGUUCUUCGCCGUCGAGGAAGACACGGGUUUGCUCCGCUUGAAGCGAGGACUGGACCGGGAGUCGCGCCCUUCGCACCGGGUGGCUGUGGAAGCCCGCGACGGAGGGGCUCACCCUGAAAUCGCCACCGCUUUGGUGGCCUUGGAGGUCCUCGACGUUAAUGACAACGUCCCCGAGAUCCACGUGCUCUUCCUCACUGAAUCCGGGGAUUCCGUUUCCGAAGGGGCCAAAAUAGGGGACUACGUGGCUCGGCUCUCCGUCUCGGAUGCAGACGACGCGGAAAACGUGUCUCUCAGCCUCCAGGGCGGAGAAGGAGCCUUUUCUCUCCGUCCCUCCAGCGCGGGCGUGUUUUUCCUCUGCGUGGAAGGCCCCCUCGAUAGAGAGAAGCGUCCCAGCUACGAGCUGCUCCUCUCCGCCGUCGAUUCGGGUUUGCCGCCGCUUUCGGCGACGCUCCCGCUCCCGAUGCGUGUCUCCGACCUCAACGACGAGGCGCCCGCCUUCGCGCAGGCUUUGUUCCGCGCCUCCGUGUCCGAGGCCGCCUCGCCGGGGACGGUGGUGCUUCGCCUCAGCGCCCACGACGCCGACGAGCCCGGCUCCCGCAACGCCGAGGUGCGGUACGCCUUGGAGGAGCCCGCUUCCCGCCUCUUCCGCUUGGACCCCGUCAGCGGCGCCCUCAGCACCCGCGCCGCCCUCGACCGCGAGGCCCACCACCAGGCCGUGGAGCUGCGCGUGUGGGCCACGGACCGCGGGGAGCCGCCGCUCUCGGGCUCCUGCCUGGUCCGCCUCCGCCUGGAGGACGCCAACGACAACGAGCCCCGCUUCCAGCGCAGCUUCUACAACGGCAGCGUCGCCGAGCACGCCCCGCUGGGCAGGUGCCUCCUCCAGGUGAAAGCUACAGACCGAGAUUCAGGUCUUUUUGGCCAAAUUGAGUACUCUCUUUAUGAUAGCUUCCAUAGCUUUGAGAAAUCCAAAGCAUUCCAGAUUAAUGCGAGCAGCGGCCAUAUAUGUGUGUCUCGGGACAUUGACAGGGAACAGGAUCCAUCUGCUUAUGAUCUCUUGGUGAAAGCUACAGAUGGGGGUGGAUUAAGCGCCCAAGCUUUUGUUCGCAUAGAGAUAGAAGACAUCAAUGACAAUCACCCCAUCUUCCAUCCAUCAACGUACAUUGCAAGUAUCAGCAGUCAUACACAGCCAGGAACAGAAAUCAUCAACGUUGUGGCUACAGACAAGGAUUCUGGGAUAUUUGGAGUUGUGACUUAUGAACUUCUACCAGGGGAUCUCUCUUCUCUCUUCACAGUGGAUUCUUCCACAGGAAUUGUUUAUCUGCUAUCAUCUCUCACUAAUGUGGAACAUUCCAGUGUACAGCUGGCUGUUUCUGCCCGGGAUGGCGGUGGUCUUUGGUCUGUUCAGAAUGCAGUCGUGACACUAAAGAUCCUCCAGAGUACGGUGGCGCCCACUGUCUUUGAGAGAUCACGUUACACCUUUUCCAUCCCUGAAGAUGCCCCUGAAGGAACUGCUGUUGGGACGGUGAAAGCCAGGGAGCCUUUGAAUUUCUUGGAAGUGAUUUCUUACAGAAUUUCCUCCGGUGAUCCCUAUGGAAGGUUCUCCAUUGACUCACAGUAUGGAAUCAUCCGCACUAAGAAAAAGCUUGACCAUGAAACCCACGAUCAUACAGUUCUUACGGUGCAGUCACAGCUGGGAAGCUCACCAGUUUACAGCACUACCCAGGUCAAUGUAACUGUGAUUGAUGUCAAUGACAACCCUCCAGUAUUUGGGAUGGAGCACGAUCAGAUAAAUAUAUCACGAAACACAGUACCAGGCACAGCUCUUUAUAUAGCUCACGCAGAAGACAAAGACAGUGGACUAAAUGGAGCAAUCCACUACGCUGUUGUAAGCAAUACGUCCAGUGUGUUUACCAUUGAUCCAGUGUUCGGCGUGCUUUAUCUUGCUAAAGCUCUGGCUGCAGACUUGCAGCUUGAAGACACAGAGGCACACAUUAAAGCAGAGGAUCAUGGAAGUCCUCCCCUGAGUUCUCUGUUGAUCCUAAGAGUGUUCAUUGAUGAACAAAAGGGAUGUCCUGCAUUCAGUUUUGAAAAUUUGGUGUAUCAGGUGGACGUUAAUGAAUCAUCUUCAAUUGGGACUAGAAUUCUGCAGAUACAGGCCCGGAAGCUAGAUCAUCAGCAUUUCCUUGGGGAUGUUGUUUAUUCCCUGGAGCACAGCAUAGAUUCUGUGUCAUUUAGAAUUGAUCCUGAAACAGGUGUGAUUUACCUAAGGCAUCCUUUAGACUAUGAAAACAUGCAGACACAUAAUUUCAAAGCCUUUGUUAAUCACCCACUUGAUAAGUCAGGACAGAAUUCAAGUACUUCAAUAAUAAUCAGUGUUGUUGACGAAAAUGACAACUCUCCUGUGUUCAUGCAUGGUGACUAUUUCUUUGAAAUUGAGGAAAGUUCAUUGCCCCAAGGUGUUGUUGGUACAAUUUCAGCGGUGGACAAGGACUCUGGAAGAAAUGGACAGCUCUCCUAUUUCCUUUUAUCAGAUGGAAAAUAUUUUAAAAUCAAUUCCAAUACAGGUGAAAUUAUAAACUGGGUUGCAUUGGAUCAUGAGCAGGAAGCUCACCAUCAUCUGACUGCUCUGGUGACUGACCAUGGAGUCCCUCCACAUAAUUCAACCGUAAAUGCUUAUAUCACAGUGACUGACCUAAAUGACAACCACCCAUCUUUUCCCCAGAUUCCACCGCAUAUCAAGAUUUUGGAAGGGCAACCAGCAGGAACACUUGUUGCCACCAUAAUUGCAAAAGACCUUGAUUUCGGAAACAAUGGGAGAGUGCUCUACUCACUGUCUGCAGGGGAAAGCUUAGGUCACUUUCAGAUUGACAGCAGCAGUGGUGAGUUAAGAACCACCGAAGCUCUCAUGUACAGUUGGCGUUCAAACUAUAAAAUGGUUGUCACUGCUGUUGAUCAGGGAAUCCCUCCACUUCAAGGACAAACAGCCAUCAGUGUUGAGGUAAUUCCACUUCCUAAACGAAGAAGAUCUUUCACCCCAAACAUCAGACAUUUGGUUGUACCUGAAAAUUUGAGACCAGCUCAAAUGCUAAGCUGUCUAAGACUGCCUGGUCAGAAGCCAUAUUCCAGUGAAAAACAACAUUUCACCAUCUUUGAAGAAGAUGACAGUAUUCCGUUUGAAAUUGACAGGACUACCGGGGAUCUAUUUCUAUCCAAAGAACUUGAUUAUGAAACACAAUCUCACUACUUUUUUAGAGUUGUUGUAAAUAAUUAUCCACACAGUCCUCCACAGAAUAAUACUGUUUUUCUCAGUAUUGAUGUUGAAGAUCAAAAUGACCACUCACCCUUUUUCCAGAAUGACUUUGUUGUAAUUGGGAUAGAAGAAAAUGUGCCUGUUGGUACUUUGGUGUAUACAUUUCAUGCAAGAGAUGAAGAUGGCAGCUUUUUAAACAGUAAACUUCAGUAUUCUAUGCACAUGAAAGACUUCACUGAAAAUCCAUUUCUCAUCCAUCCUUCUUAUGGUAGUUUAAUUACAGCAGUUCCCCUUGACCGAGAAAUCACACAGUCUAUUGUCUUGACAGUGUUUGCAGUGGAUCAGGCUGUAAAUUUGACUGAUCGCAGGCAGAGUUCCCUGACAGCCAAAAUUGUCAUUUUAGAUGUCAAUGACAACACUCCUCACUUUGUUUCAUCUCCUGUUUCGUACAUUAGAGAAGAUGCAGAAGUGGGAUCAUUUGUGCAUCACAUAAUUGCUCAGGAUCCAGACCAAGGAAGGAAUGGGCAGGUCACAUACCAUCUUCUAUCCAACAGUAAAGGCCAGGGAUUUGCUAUAGAUAAAAACACAGGAUUGCUAGUGACCAUCUUUGCUUUGAAUCGUGAAUGCCAAGAAUAUUACAAUUUGACAGUUGUUGCUCUUGAUGAUGGCACUCCAGCACUAUCUGCAACUCAGAGUUUGACAGUAAUUGUCCUUGAUGUAAAUGAUGAGGCACCAGUGUUUACAAAAGCUGUAUAUGAAGCAUCUAUCUGUGAAAAUACAGAUCCAGGAGGAGUUAUCAUUAAAGUUGAAGCCACAGAUAGAGAUUCAGGAACCAAUUCCCUGCUUCAAUAUGAAAUUUUGCCUGGACCUGGAUAUGAGAAUUUUCAAAUAAAUUCAAAGACUGGGGAGAUUACAACGGCCAUUGCCCUUGACAGGGAGAUUAAAGAGUUAUUUACUAUUAAAGUGCUGGUCCAAGACAGUGGAACUCCCAUUUUAUCCAGUAUAACAUCUGUCAUCUUUAGAGUACUGGAUGAAAAUGAUCAUACACCCAAGUUUCUCCUUCCAAACUAUGACAUGCAAAUUAUGGAAAACCAAGAGCCUUCAACUGUUGCAACAAUGCUGGCUGUGGAUAAAGAUGCUUCAAAUAAUGGAACUGUGCAAUACCGAAUUAUUGGUGGAAACGUUAGAGGCUACUUUGCAAUGCAUGAGACAUCAGGAGAUAUCUUCACCACUUCCAGCUUAGACAGAGAGAAUGCCAGCAAUUUCACUUUGAUUAUUGAAUGCGUUGACCUGGGCAUUUCCCCAAGAAGCUCAGUCACCCAACUUCAGAUCACAGUCUUGGAUGAAAAUGACAACAGCCCCUUGUUUUUGAAGAACCAUUAUCAUACAAGUGUCAGCGAAGAUAUUGAUGAAGGAUCAACCGUUCUUGAAUUACUGGCGAUGGAUGCAGAUGAGGGUCCAAAUGGCAAAGUCACAUACUCCCUUGUUGAUGGCACCUUUGGUAUGUUUGCUAUUGACAGAGUUACCGGAGCCAUAAUUACUACUAAACCACUGGACCGAGAAAUAAAAUCUCAAUACAUACUUAAGGCUGUUGCAACAGACUCUGGUAUCCUGGGACCAAGGAGCACAAGUGUCAGUGUUGUUGUGCAUAUUGAUGAUGUCAAUGACAACAGUCCUUUUUUCCUACAAAAUCCUAUCCAAUUAUAUGUUUCCACACAAAUUCCUACAAAUCAUACAAUAGUAACUAUGAGAGCCAGUGAUAGAGACCUUGGAUUAAACGGGGCUGUAAUUUUUACUUUUCUGACACCAGAAACUAUGUUUGAGUUGGAUCCAAAAACAGGAGAUAUCUCUCUACAAAAACCUGUACUCCAUGAAGGUUUUACUACCCAUUUAUUGAUCACCGCUUCAGAUCAAGGUGUCCCAGCAAAAACAGCUACCACACUUUUGUCUGUUCAUUCUGAAGGACAAAGAGAGAUGACUGCAUUCAGCCGUGCCCAGUACGAAGUAACGGUCCCUGAAAAUAGCAAAAAAGGCACGUCUGUUUUUACUGUAACUGCUUAUGACCACAGUUUGAUGGGAAAGAAUUUAAAGUACCGAAUCAUCAGUGAACAUGAAGAUAUUUUCUCCAUCCAUCCCAUCACGGGUGAAAUCACAGUUAAAAGAGCUGAAUUUCUUGAUUAUGAAGUCAGGAAAAAAGUGCAUUUCGCAGUGGUAGCAGAAAACAGCUUAACUUCAGCAGCAUGUGGGGUGACAGUCUUGAUAGAAGAUGUGAACGAUAAUGCACCUCAGUUUGUCCAAAACUGUUUCAUCACAUCCAUUUGGGAAGGUCAGGCCUACAACACAUACGUCAUGCAGGUCUAUGCAACAGACUCUGACAAUGGACUCAACAGAGAAAUUGAAUAUUCAAUUUUAUCUGGUAACACAAAUGAAGCGUUUGUCAUCGAUUCAGCACAGGGAGUUAUCUCAACAAAUACGAUACUAGAUCGAGAAGACAUUUCAUCAUAUAGGUUGCUUGUGCAAGCUACUGACAGAGGAACUCCCAGAUUAUCUUCUUCAUGCACAGUAGAAAUUCAGGUGGUGGACAUCAAUGACAAUGUGCCAAUUCUUCAUCCAUUAGGUAUUGUUGAACUCCCUGAAAAUGCUCCACUUGGAUUCUUAGUUACACAAAUAUUGGCAGAGGACGCAGAUCUGGGUCCUCCUCUUCACUACAGCUUUGCUGAGGAUGGCAAUCCUGGAAUGAAAUUUGCAGUUGACCAACACAAAGGAAUUGUCAUGUUGGUGAAGCCAUUAGACUUUGAAGAAAACUUUCAGCUUGAAUUGUUGAUCACAGUUUCAGACUCUGUCCAUCAAACCACAGAACAACUGCUAGUCCUUGUAUCUGAUGUCAAUGACAAUCCACCAGUAUUUACUCAGGAUAUAUAUCAGGUGUUGAUUCCAGAGCUAAGGUCAAUAGAUGCCGCCAUCUUGACUGUGUGUGCCACAGAUAAAGAUUCAGAACACAAUGGAAAAAUAUCCUACAACAUUCUUUCUCCUUCUGAUUCUUUUUUCCUUGAUCCAUACAAUGGAGUGGGAGAUUUCCCGGCUUUUGGAUGAGGGCUAUGCGCAUGAUGAUGAUGAUGAUGAUGAUUAUGAUGAUGAUGAUGAUGAUGAUGACGACGACGACGACGACGCAUGUUCUGUAAGAGUACAAAGCAAGUGCCAUAAAAAACACCCUAGAUCCACUUUAUGCAGUUCUUUAGCUUGGUAGAUUUUUUUUAAUGCUAUGUGACUAUGCAGAAAAGUCUUUCUUCAUAUAUAAUUGGGAAAUUGCAUUCUUUCCUUAAUUCCAGUAACUUGAUCCUCCUCUUUUUAGACUUGGGACCUUGGUUAUUUUGCUUCCAACUCCUUCAUUUCCUUUUCUGUCUCUUCUAAUCUGUCAUUCAGCUGUCCUUUUUAGCUGAUGCCACAGAGGUAAUUUGCCUCUUAUUAUAGUCUUUAAAUGAACCCCAUAUACUCAAGGCAGGGCUAUGAUUGGUCUUCUUUUCCGAAAAGCUCAUCAGUCCAGAAUCAGGUAUAUAUUUCUUGCUUGAAUUUCAGUGCUCGACAUCCUUUUAGCAAAGUAAUAGCUGAUUAUUAAAGUGUGGGAGCAUGUGGAAAUAGAUACUUUAGAUAGAACUUUGAGGACAUAACAUAAAUUGUCUCUUCAUUCAAAAUGUGCAUUGUAUGCUUGAAAAGUCUACAAAAUUGUAUAUGCAAAAAUAUGGAAUAUAGAACACAUCAGGACUUACCUUUGAGUAGAUCAGUGAUUCUCAACCUGUGGGUCCCCAGGUGUUUCGGCCUACAACUCCCAGAAAUCCCAGCCAGUUGACCAGUUGUUAGGAUUUCUGGGAGUUGAAGGCCAAAGCAUCUGGGGACCCACAUGUUGAGAACCACUGGAGUAGAUGGUUAUUAUUUUAAGGAUAAUGUGUUAUGUUUCAGAAUUUUUAAAAAACCUUAUAGCAGCCUGCAAACCACAAAAUAUAACUAAUGAAAUAUCAUAAACCACACAUCAAAAACACAUUAAAAUUCUGUAAACAGCUUAAUACAUCCCAACAGUAAAACAUUAGCUAAAAUAAAUCAUAAAAUACAUUAACAUAGACUACUCAAAGCCAACACCAAGGCCUAAAACAAUAUAAAGCCAAGAUUAAGAACUGAAACCAACUCAAAGGCAGACUAAAAGAAAAAUGUGCUUGCGUCUAUUGAAAGAAGGGCCCAUGUCCAUAUUUCUAGGAUGACAUUUGAUAUAUAAGGAAGCAGCAUUAGAAUGUCAACAUUUCUUAUUCUUGUUCACCUCACUGGAGGAUCAACUAGAGUGGCUAUUGGAGUUUUUUUUAUGGUAGAUAGGCUCUCAUUGCCAUAAUUACAAUACACGUAACCUUGGUACCUCAAACUCGGCUUGAAAGUGAAUAUGCAUUCAGUGUAGUUUGUAUGUGGUGUUCUGACAGCCCUCAACCCAAUUGCUAUUCAUAAAUGGAUCAGACCCAGCGAAUCAAUUCUUAAUGAUACGUCAAUACAUAUAUGCAUCUCGGGGAGUCUAUUCCAAUUGGCCUGUCAAUUGAAUUUCAUCCUUGGCCCACAUAAGCAUCAGGCAGGCCCACACUGAAUAUUUUACAGUAGUCACACUGGAAUAUGAUAUAAAGUCUAUUAGCUUAAGAUGGGGUUGCCGUUGGCAUAUCAACAAUAGCCCUCCUACUUCAACAAAGAGAAAUCAUAGUGUACCAGCAAUGCCAUUCCUAAACAUUCGUACAAAUGUGCUGCAAAAUCAAUUGCUUGUCCUAUUAAGUUAUUCCUUGUGAUAGUUAUCUUUACAAUUCCUUCUGGCAAUACAAGUCAAACUCUUAUAAGUCAGGAUACAGAAAUACUCUAGAGAAAGAGAUGUUGACAGUAUAUUAUUCCAUGAAAUGUUACACAAGAACUAGUGAAAGUUAUUGUGCCCUUUGUGGGAUCUGAAAUUUAGGCAUUCCUUCUACCGACCUUCAUCCAAGUGAUUGUGCAACCCUUCCUUGGCCGUAUUUGUGUGUAUGUUUGUGUGUAAAGCACAACAUCUUGAGGUCUGACCUCAUACAAAUAAUGAAUCCUGGGAGAAAUGUAGCUAAGAUUGGGAGAAACAUGUUGGAUGGGUUUUUCUAUUAUUUUUGCCUGAGAUACCGAGCAAUAAGAGUUUAUAAAAAGUUUACAAACAUCAUUGUCUUUCGGACCUGUCAUACAAAUUGUGGUAUGAAGAACUGUUGUAUGAAGAUAUAGCACCAAAGGAAAUGAAAAUUAUAAAACUAUUUAAGCAAGUAAGAAAAGCGUAGUUGUAAAUGUACUUCUGACUGACUUGUAUGGUGAACAGUGGCAUAAUAAUAAUAAUAAUAAUUAUUAUUAUUAUUUUUAUUAUUAUUUUUUUAUUUUUGUAUUCCACUUCUAUCUUCCCAAAGGGACUCGGAGUGGCUCACAUGGGGACAAGCCCAACAGCACAAGUUAAAACUCAGAACAAUAAUAACUAAACAUUCAGAGGGUAAAAUUGUGUAGAACUCUGAAUAGGGCUCCUAGAAGGUAUAAGGGCGAUCGAAAAUAGGGGUGGAGGAGCAAUCUCAGUAAAUGUUAAAAUCAUAAAUAGAUUAAAAGUAACGGAGAGUAGUCAAUACGCUGACUUGAAGAUACUAUAUGUCAUAGGGAAAAUCAGAGCUAGGCAUGUGAGCUAUACCCUCGAGGUUCAUGGUUGCCAGCUCUGUGCUUAGCCUACAAAACUGUCUAGACCCAUCAGCUCUGUUUGUGGACAUGAAAGUUUUGUAAUAAAAAUGUGUCAUACUUAGAUUUUGAGAGGUAUACACUGAGGGACCAUGCAUUUUACAAAGUUCAGUUUCAUAGUGUCCUACUCUAGCAAUCAGCCCUCGGGAUACAUCAUUGAAAAACGCUGGAAUGUUGACACUGAUAUGGGUAUCUACUGCCAGAUAAUUUAGGAGGAAUUUUUGGUGAAUUAAAUAUAGCUGGAAAAAGUAUGUAGCCAAACAAGACUGUCAUGACUUUAUGAAGAGUUUUGUCUCUUUUGGAAGGCUAGCAUGACUUAUGUAGGUCACAGUCACUGAGUCUCCGUGGAUCCUCCACUGUUCUGCUGUGUGUCCUGGACAACUUUCUUUCUGUUGCAAAUUUUUUUUAGAUACAUUUCAUCAAGUUUUCUCUUUGUACUGGUUCUAUGUUCUGCCUUUGUUUAUCCAUAAAGGGGGUUGUUAGUGCAUACGGUCUUAAUAUAUCAGAACAGAAUAUAUCCUUUAUAGUCUCCAACAAAAGAUACUAUAAAUAAUACAUCUGUAGAAACAAAAAAGUUUGUGACGAUGACUAGUUUAAUAUCUGCACCAUCACUUUAGGGCAUAUAGAAAACACCUUAAAUAGAUUAAAACUGAGCCUUGACAAGAAAAGCUUUUAAUCCACAUAGCAUUAAAAAGUGCUUAUUCUUGUAGCAAUGAAAUCGGACUAAAAUAAAUGUCGAUCUUUUAGCUUCACUCCAUAAUUAUUUUAUUUUAACAAUACCCUAAAACCAUUCACAGUUAGAUUUUUGUUUGUUUAUACAGAUGGCUAAAACAUUCCAAAGAAGAAAAAACUGCCAAGAGUCUGUAACUAUUGAUGUUUGAUGGCAGGUUUUGGUUUAAGUCAAAUCCUACAAAGAUCUUUAACUUUGGGGCCUAUGUAUAGAAAUGAAGGUCUGCAGAGGCAGUUUCUGUUUGAGAUAUAAUUAUUCUGUAACAGAAAAGAGAAGUCAAGGAUGGUAAAAGGAGAUGGUGUACCCUAUUUUUCUUUCAUCAGUGACUUCCUAAGUCUGCUUGCCAAAGGCAAGCAAUUGAUACGAAAAUGUAAAUUUGAUCUGGGUGCAGAAAAGCUUUUGCAUACCUUCUAUAACCACCUCUAAUAUUAAGAAAAUUGCUUCUUUUGCCAUAGGAAGCCCAGUCAGUAUGAAGAAUGUCUCUACUCUUUCAGAAGAUGAAUAGAAAUGGAUUCUGAUUGUUAUUAAAAAUAAACUUGAGUUUCUAUGAGACAAGUGAAAUAUUUUUAUCCACCAAAUUAAAACACUAUGUUAGUUCUCUGUUUCUAAUCUGUGUUGUCUGUGAAACCGAUGCAGUAUAUUAUCUUGAUUUUCAUGCUUAUUGUCUCCAUUAUAAAAUAGUCAGCAUCAAUGGUAGAUGAUUUGCUCACAUUGUUUAUAUGAGCUUCACAUUUAGUAGGCCUAUUUAAUCUUUAUCUAGAAACACAUAGUAAAGCAUUUAUUUCUGGCAAAGGUCUCUUGUUUGUAGCAAACACUGAUUUAUAGGCUCCAGGAUUCCUCCUCUUGUUUCUGCAGUGUUUUGUAUAGUUCAAACAUUGUUAAAAAUAUUGUUUAUACAAAAAAUAUUGUUAGAACACUAUUUACUUAUCUUCUACUGGAAGCAAGUUAACAGGGAAGAAACCUAGUGACCCGUUCCAAUACCUUUUGUAUAGUAUACAAUGCUCAUCAACUAAUAAGAAUAUUUUCACUUUAUGUCCCAUAAACCCAAUUCUAACCACUUCAUAAUAAUAGGUGAAAGUUGUUUUGACAGUCAAUCAGUUUGCUAGAAUAAUUAAUAAGGAAAAAUAGCUUUCUGUGCUUAGUGCCUUAGGAUUCAAAUCAAUCCUAGCUCCUUUCCAGUCAGUAUCAGAGGUUGACUAUAGAGAGGAGAAAUGGUUUCACAAAAAUCUAAGUAGGUACAACAGAGAUGGAAAUACUUUCAUUGCCAGCUAAAUGUUUAGUAGGAAUGGAUUGCUAUGCAAGACUUUUGUUCUUGUUUGCCAUCAAAUUAGCUUCAAUUUAUGACAGUAAUAUAAAUUAGAGCUCUCUAAAAGUCCAAUUCAUCAGAAGGUAUUUCAAACUCAAUGCCAUGAGUUCUUUGAUUGAAUUAAUGUGGGAUCUUUAGGCCUUCCUAGAAUGUGGACUUUAUAGUACUAAGCUGUUAAUGGUGCAAGCAUUGGUACAUUUGCCAUUUCAUCACACAAGGUGAUUUUAGUGCUGUCUGGACACUUCCUCCUCAGAGCACCAUGCCACCCAUCACAUGACAUACAGCAACUUCCAGCAUGGCUCCGUGGAGCAUACAGCCUGACAAUGUGGCAGGACACUUCCUUCAGAACACGGGAAGCUUCCCAUGUUCUCUUCAAAACAGUGGGGCCAGCACGGAGAGAAGCCGAGUGGUGACAUUUCCCCAUGUGGGAUGGGGACGUGUAGCUGUGGAUGAGUUGGGGCAUGGGGAUUGCUGCGCUGCCCCACCGAUUCACCAUGGAGGCUGGCGAAUCAUACUGAGGGACCUCAUCCAUGUGAUGAGGUCCUUGUUUUAAAUAAUUUUCAAAUAUGUACCAAAUAACCUUUUGAAAUAAAGUGCAAUGUUCAUUCACGGAAAACUAAUCCAUGAGCAAAAAAGUUUCAUCAAAUUGAAUAAACACAAAGUGAUGCGAACUAAAUAUCCGAAUAUACUUAACAUAUUUUACUGUUAUUUGAGAGGGGAUAAUGGUAGCAAUUCUUUGGGCUCACUUCUCCAAAACAAGCCAAUCCCAAGAUAUUGGAAAUGCCAUUUGGAGGUCAGAUAAUGAUGGGUGGAAUGCUCUCACCUAGGAGGCCCAACUGGCACCAACACAUAUGAUUUAAGAGCCAAGUUAAAACUUGGCUGUUUACCAAAGCUUUUGGGCCUCAUUAAUGCAACUCAAAGAUUGUUUUUAUAAUGUUAAAAACUUUUAAUUUUUAAAAAUCUGUUUUUAGCUCAUGCUGUUUAAUUUGUAGCUCAUUUAACGUAAUCUUACUAUUUUUAGCCUGUUUAACCUCAGUCAUCCUGAGAUAUCUUGAAAUAUGGCAUGGUAUUAAUAUUUUAAUAAAUAAAAUAACCUACAUGUGACCUGUCAAACAAGAGGAGAUCAUUGGUUAUAUCAACACUUGUUAAAUGCUUUCAUAUCGCUUCUGAUUUACAGUGGCCUAUCAUGAGGUUUUCUUGGCUAAACACUGAUGUCAUUAGAGUUUACCAAAUAUUAGGAAAUACAUCUUGACAGUAAGAGCUGUUUAGCAGUGGAAUAUGCUGCCUAGAAGUGUUGUGUAGUCCCCUUAUCCCUCUUAAACAGAGGAUGGAUGGUCACGUGUCUGUAAUUCUUUGAUUAUGUACUCCUGCAUGGUAGGAAGUUGGAUUGGAUGGGUCUCACUAUCUCUUCCAAGUCUAUGAUUCUAUUAUUUUUCUGAGGCCUAGCGAAUGUGACUUACCCAAUGCAAGUCAUGAGUUCUCUGAUUGAGUUAACUGUGGUAUUUUGGCUUCCCUAGGAUGUUGACUUUAUAGUACCAAGUUUUAAUGGUGCAAACAUGGACACAUUUGUUUUAAGCCACUUUCAAAGGUUUUAGGAAUAAGAUAAAGAAUAUGUACCAAAUAACCAAUGGGUUUCCAUGGCUGAAGUCUCCUGGAGUCCUAGUCUAACACUAAAAUCACUACACCAUACAGUCUCAUAUCUAUGCUACACAAAUUGCUAUAGACUACUUUUGACUUCAAUGGAUCUUCCUCAAUGACCGCUAGAACUAUUGAUUGUUGAGGGUAUGUAUUGUAACCCUCUUUCAUAGAGUUACUAGGUUACUCCCUCAUACAGUUACUACAAUCACACUAGUUUGGCAUUUAGGAUCCAUACUGGACAAAAGUUUAGGGAGUGGAAGGAUCCAUGAACAUUAUGUUCCUAGAGCUGAAGGUUACUCUAUGCGGAGGCAAGAACAUCUCUUAUUCUACACUGAGGAUAAUGUUGCAGAGUGAGAGAUGGUAGAAUACAAGCAAACUGUCUAUCCUGUUUAGGCCCCUACCAGCUCAUAAUGGGCAUGCUGGAUGAGGCCUUAAGGCUGGGAUCUUGCUCCAGGUAAGGCAGAUUGAAAUAAUAAGAAAAGGGAAUCUAGUUAUUUUCCUGCUUUCCAAGUAUCCCUCCUCCAACAAAUGCUCAAAAGAAAUCAGAGAAUAGUUAUAGCAUGCUCUUUCCUCUUCUGUU